UGUCGGCCGCGAAAUGUACAGAUAGCCAGUACCGAAUUGUAUUUAGUGACGUUUAGUGACUGCGAAUGAAAGUGACACGGAUAUUAUUGCUGAUUAACGAUAACUAAAUAUUGGAUGCGGUGAGGACAUAGUGAUGUACAAUCAUUAGAUAUUAUUCUAGUAUAAAAUAACAUGCGUAAAGCAAGAAAGAGAUCAGAUUUAUUCUAAUGGGCAUUACUGUUCUCUUUCUGUGGACAUGGCUGUCGGUGGUGACUGCAGGCAUCAUACCGCGCCUGGGUGACGACGACUCCGUCUGUAGAACUUAUAUACUCAAUGAUAUGCAAUACAUUGAUUGUUCUGAUCGAGGACUUACAGAGUUACCAGAAAUGAUAGAUUACGAUGCACAAGCAAUUCUAUUAUCGAAUAAUAAUUUUAUCGCCUUCCCUGAGGGACUGGAAAACUUUUCAAGCGUCGAACUAUUGGAUAUGUCCGGCAAUCGAUUAACGAAUCCUUUGCCGACCUAUUUCCAGAAAUUGCAGAAUCUUCGUACUCUAAAUCUAUCAAACAACAACUACGAUAAAUGGGUGAGCAGCGACACCGAAUAUCAUAUUAAAAGACUGGAUCUAUCUAAGAACAAAAUCAGCAACAUAGACAUGAAAGCAUUCGAAAAAAUGACAAAUUUAUCUUUUCUCGAUUUAUCUGAGAACAGAAUCGAUGAUUUACCAUCAACUGUCUUCUCCGAUGCUAAGAAUCUUGAUACUGUCAUCCUAUCUAGAAAUUAUUUCUCUGAACUACCAAAUUUCCAAUCACAAUCUUUGAGGACUUUGGAUUUAAGUUACUGUCAAAUCGCAAAAAUAGAUCCUGCAGCCUUAACGGGUAUGAGUUCCUUAUUAGCGAUAGAUCUUUGUAUGAACCAAAUUGAGAACGUCCCAGAUGGCGUAGCUUCGAACACUCUACAAGAAUUAGAUUUGAGCUACAACGAAAUAAGCGAAAUAACAGACGGCACUUUCUCGGCGCUGCCGCAUUUGGCAGUGUUGGACUUGAGAGGAAAUGAGUUCAGAGAGGUUUGGUCUACUUCACAUUUCUCCUCGAAUCCGUUUUUGAGGGAAGUUCACGUGAAGGGAAACCGUUGGAGUUGUGAGGGAUUCAGCGUCAAUUUGUUACUGACGUAUGACUUUUUGACGAAGGAGCCUCCGAAGAUAGCGGAUGCGGGGUCACUGAUUUGUUAUUCCCCUUCUAAUGUAACUCAGCUGAGUUGGCAGCAAGCUUACAUAUUGACAUGGCAUCCGACAGAAAUGUCGAAACAGACGUACACAUUCAUGGCAGUAUUAAUUGGUGUUAUAAUCGGCAUUGCUAUAACGUCGUGCGUGUGUAGGGGUUUAAUGUCUUUAAACAAGCCCAGUCCCACUACAAGUCAUCUCCGGACAGCUACGGAGUCCACCACGGUUAGCGGCAAUGGUGUAACUGUGCAGCCUAGAGUCGAAAGCGUUGUUAUGAGGAUACCGUUGCGCGAGGACGAGCCACCGACUUACGAAGAAGCGUUGUUAAUGCCUCGACUGAAUUCAUCAUUCCACUCUUUGCCUGACUUUAUUGACGAAGAGGAACAGACUCUCGAUCGUAAUUGCCGUAGGUCCCGGUCUAUUGGGGAUCUCACAGAGUCGAGGCCUAGGGCCAGCGAGAGACGGUCGAUAAGGCGAACUGUUGAAAUACACAGCGGUAUGCGGUUGCUAGAUCUUCUGUUGCUGGUGAUGGUGGCGAGCGCGGAGAUCUCCGAUGUCGAUGACAGCGACCGAAAUGAUGCGUGUUACAUCUGCAAGUGCAGCGCCGACAGGGCUAACGUCGAUUGCUCCAAGCGCGGACUGACCGGUAUACCAGAUGGCGUUAGUGAGAAGGUCACGCGGCUCAACUUGUCCAGCAACGAGAUAUCAAAGUUUCCAGAAAAUUUAAACAAACUUCACAAUCUUGUGGAUCUCGAUCUAAGCAACAAUAGAAUUAAUUCAAUUCCAGAAGAUGCUCUUAAUAAUAUGACGUCACUUGAAUUGUUGAACUUGUCGCAAAAUGAUUUCAAUUCAUGGCUCAAUUUAAAUCCUAAUGAACUUCUACAGCCAGCGACAAAUCUAAAAAUACUUGAUUUAUCUUAUAAUAAGUUUUACACGAUGGAUAAUUUAGCAAAUCAGGAACUUUUAAUAAGCCCUUCAUUAGAAACGUUGAUUCUAGAUAACUGUAAAAUAACCUCAAUUCGCGGUAGAUCACCUUUAAGUGGGUUAAUAAAUAUAAGGGUGUUUAAAAUUAAUUUUAACCCGUUGUCGAGAAUCCAAGGUCUUGUUUCUCCAACGCUCAAAAGUUUCUACGCUAGUAAUUGUCUAUUGAAUUCCAUCAAUCACAAUGAACUAUCAUAUUUGCCAUCGUUAGUAUAUCUGCAACUUUCAAAUAAUAACGGUUUAGUUUUAUACAGUUCAGCUAGUACUGUAAUGUCCAAUUCAUUAAAGUAUUUAGAUGUUUCUUAUUGUAAUAUAAUGCAAAUCAGUCUUGCAGGAUUUCCAAAUCUUAGGAGGGCAUUACUAAGUCAUAACGUAGUAAGAUUUUUGGAGAGUAAUAAUUUUAUAAAUAACUCUAAAUUAGAAUACUUAGACUUAUCAUAUAAUAAUAUUGGCUCUCUGAAAAGCGAUACCUUUCGUGGAUUAGGAAUGUUGAAAUAUCUAGAUUUGUCUUGGAAUGAAAUUGCUCAUAUACCUGAAGACAGUCUGCUAGAAAUGCCUUCACUGACACAACUCAAGCUACGCAGGAAUUAUUUGACAAGAGUUGGUCAUUUAAGUUCAACAUCAGUCUCUAUCCUAGAUAUGAGCUAUUGUGAAAUAAACACUAUGGGCAAAGAUUCCUUAGAAGGCUGGCAAUCCCUUAUUGAUUUAGAUUUGUCACACAACCUUCUGUCAUACAUUCCAGAUAGUCUAUCUUCAAACAGCCUUAAAUUUUUAAAUUUAAAUUUCAAUCGAAUAAGUGGUGUAAAUAAUGCAACUUUCUUCAUGCUACCUCGUUUAACAGGGCUAGGAGUAAUCGGAAAUCGCUUUACAACAGUUUGGAGUAGAUCAUACUUUGAUUCUAACCCUUAUUUAGAGAGACUGGAUCUGAUGGAUAACAUGUGGCGUUGCGAUUGUGCGGACAGUAACAUGUUUGACUUUUAUGAAUUCGUUACGUUAGAGCCAAACAAAAAAGAAGAAUCUUACAAUCUUAUUUGCAACAGUCCUGUCAAUUUAGUUGGUCAAACGUGGCUCGAGGCGUGUUAUUUCUCUUGGAAUCCUGCCGAGAAAAAGGCAAACGCUGAUGCAUUGAUAUGGUUUAUAGUUGUUAUGAUAAUAGGUUUAGCUUUAUGUUUAACUUUGAUAAAUGUGAUAAGAAGAUCGAUGAAUCGCCGAUUAGCUGGUUUGCAGGAGGAAAGAAUGAGGCAAGUGGAGGAAGCCAGAGAUAGGCUUCGGCAGCUUCGAAUACGUGCCGAACAGGAGGCAUUAUGCAAUGCACCAGACCCGAGAGAUUUAGUGGCACCGCCGUCUUAUGAUGAAGCUCUCUCUAUGCCCAAGCUAACUGCCUCAUGCCAGUCGUUAUGCGAUGAGAGAACGGGCAAAAAGAAAAGAAGACGAGGCAGACGUAAAACGAAAUCUAGUGGAGAUUUGCUGGAAGAAACUGAGAGAAAUGGUGAUUUAUCCGUAGGAGAUGACUUAGAAUUAAAUGAAGCUCCAGAAACUCAUCGUCGAAGGCGACGCCGACGGCCGAGGAACUUCGGUAGUCAUGAGAUAGCUGAGUUGGAUCAGUCUCCAGGAGUACGCCGCAGACGCAUGUCUGAGUAUGGCAUGAGCGGCAACGAGAGUAUCACGGUUUUAGUGGAGCCAGUCCUAGAACGACCGCUGCGGCCCAGGAACAGAAGACAUUCAAUAGAUGACGAUGAUCCUAGGGAAAGUGAUUUUUAAUGUUUACAAUUGUCCACUGUGCAACUUUUGAAAUACAAUCAUACAGAGGUUUUAUUUCUAUGUUAAACUAUGACAAAACAAUUUUAGUUUUAGUUAAAAGAUUGUUCCAAAACCAACGAUUAUUUUAUGCGUUUAAAUAUUUUGUGGAAAUACUAUCCAAGUCAUCUUCAGUCAGUCAAUUAAUUUAUUGUUGUAAUAUUUACUUUAAGAGUUUAUGAUUUAUGUACAUAGAAUUAAACAUAGUUUUUAAUUAAACCUCAAUUAUUGAGCAUUUACAAAUAA